AUGAUUCUGGAGGCCGAACAGCUCUUGGUCGACAGCAGGACGGACACGGUGUACACCAAGAUGACAUCAACCGCCUUCGGCAUCGGACAGGGCGGCUACGACGGCCCCCGCGGCCCGUCGAAGCCGGCCGUGAAGCCGCCAGAUCGCCGUCCGGAUGCCGUGCACACGGUCAAGACAACCCCAGAGGCGGCGCUCCUCUACCGCCUCUGCGGCGACUACAACCCGCUGCACGCCGACGACGCCUUUGGACAGCGUGCCGGGUUCAAGGGGUCCAUCCUCCAGGGCCUCGGGACCUGGAACAUGGCCGCGCAUGGCCUGCUGCGGGAGCUGGGCGGUAGCCACCCCGGCCGGCUCAAGUCGUUCGGCGCCAGGUUCAAGAGCGUCGUCUAUCCCGGCGACACCCUCGAGACGCGCAUGUGGGUGGUCGAAAGCCAAGGAGGGGUGGACGACGUCGUCUUCGAGACGGUUGUCAAGGACGACGGGAGGGUUGCGCUGUGA